AUGGCCCCAAUAGCAAUCCCACAGCAAGUGAUCAACUGGGACACACUCAAUGAAAUAGUUUCGAUGGACGAGGACAGUCCCGAUUUCUCUAAAAACUUGGUCAUCCAGUAUUUCGACCAGGCUGCAACCACUUUCCAGCAAAUCCAGCAAGAACUCGACGGGAGAUGCGAGCUCGAGCAACUAGCCUCUUUGGGCCAUUUCCUACGUGGAUCGUCGGCCGCUUUGGGGCUGCAGCGUAUCGCCUGGGCCUGUGAACGCAUACAAAAUCUGGGACGCAGACGUGAGGGCUCGAACCAGGGCCAAGAUCUCCCAGACUCCCACUACGCGGGCCUCAUCAAAGAAAACCUGUUUUUCGCCAGAACCGAAUUCAGCGCUGCCAAAGCUGAGCUCUCUGCAUUCUAUAAGAGCGAGCUCUGA